UCGUGUUCGUGUCAUGGCGGAUUGGCGGAUGGCGGCGCGUAUCUGCUUUUGGCGUUGCCCUUCUAAAGUUAGGAUUUAAUGAAAUGUGUUGAAACAAUUUUAAAAACAAUUAAAAAUGUGCCCCUUGGUGUCAAUCUGAUAAUCACGACGAAUGUCAAAAAUUGUGCAUUUUUUUCGCGCUAAUGCGUAAAACUCAAGAUUUUACAAUAAAGAACGCAACGCGUGAUUGCUGACUGUUGAAAUGGAUCAAGCACCGGGAGAUAUAGAACUGCGCAACAUUAUCGACAAGCUAGCACAGUUUGUGGCUCGUAAUGGUCCAGAAUUUGAACAAAUGACCAAAAAUAAACAGAAGGACAACCCAAAAUUUAGUUUUCUGUUCGGUGGAGAGCACUUCAAUUACUACCAAUACAAAGUGACUACGGAACAAGCCAUUUUAAAGCAAAAAGGAAUAAAUCCAAUGCAAAAUGCAGACCCACGUUUAAACGUUUCGCAGCAGCAGCAAACAACGGCUACGGGAUCACAGCCACUGAAUAACGUCAAUCUAACGGCGUGCCCGAAUACACAGAACAACGGCUUGAGCCAAGUUCCGGUUGGUAUCGGAUCGUCGGUUAAUUCGGGGAGUUUGCAAUUGCCGCCGGUUGUUGGUGGACAAUUGGUAAGUGGACGAGCUGGAAAUGCUGGUGCAAAUUGCGUCGGACAAGGCGUUCCUAGCUCGAUCGUCAACGUCAAUACGCCGAUCGUUCCUAGUGGAGUCGUGGGAGUUCCCACAGGAGGCCGAAAUGUUCAAGCUGGUAUUAACGUCAAUGGGCCGCCCGGCUGGCUUCAAAAUGAACUCGCUAAUCUACAAUCGCAGCAGACAACGUUGCAGGAUCAAGUACGACAAUCGGAACAAAAUCUUGCGGCUCAGCAUGCCGCACUCAUGGCUCAACAACAGGGAAGAGUCGAGGAUGCCGUUAGACAAGCUCAAGAAACUUCCUUGCAGACUAAUGCCUGCGAAACGAAUACAGACCUCGCCUCAUUCGAUACCGUCUUACAACCGAUCAUCGAAAGCUGCACUAAGGAUAGUAUAAGCGCGGGCAAAGCAUGGAUACUUCAAAAUUCCAUCACUGCCUCCAGCAAUAGGGUCAUUGCUGAGCAUCUGCUCAAAAAAGUCAUACAAGGGGCAACGUUUACUCAAAAACUUCAUGUCAUCUACUUGGUAAACGAUGUUUUGCAUCAUUGUGCACGAAAGAAAUCGGUGGAUCUUCGAAAAGCUAUGGAGAGUGUCGUAGUCCCAAUGUUCUGUAAUACUUCACUAGCAGCCUCGGAGGAUCAGUUAAACAAGCUGAACAAGUUGUUGAGUCUAUGGGAAUCAAAAAACAAUUAUUUCGACGAAGGUAUAGUCGAAAAGUUGAAACAACCUAGUGGCUCGUGGUCCGAAUAUCAAGCAGGUCUCGUUGCCAAAUAUGCCAAUGCUAUUACACCCAUAACAACAUCAACCAAGCAGACAUUUGAUAACUAUCAAGCUCAGCACCAGGCUUUCGUGACACAUGCCCUACGACAGAUAUCUACUAUUGAACAACAAAAAAUAGCUAUAGAUCAACAGUUGAAGGCACCUCCGCCAUCGGCACCUACAACAGCCCCGAUGAAUCCACCAAAUAUGAACCUACCGCCUACACUGACGGGUCCACCGCCACCGCCGUUGAGUGGCGAUCUAAAUUUUAGUCAACCACCACCUGGUUGGGGGGUCCAACCAACUGUACAACCACCACCUUUUACGAACGUGCCACUGCCUGAUUUUACGAAACCUCCGCCCGGAUUUGGUCUGCCACCGAUUAUCCAUGAACCAUCGGUCGAGGAUCUUAUGCCUAGUAUGCCUUAUUUCGAAUUGCCAGCCGGCCUAAUGGUUCCUCUUAUAAAAUUGGAAGACGGCGAGUACAAACCUCUGGAUCCGGAAGCUAUUAGAUUACCACCACCGGCACCACCCAGCGAACAUUUGGUUGCUGCUGUUGAAGCGUUCUAUGCUCCACCAAAUCACGACUCGCCGAGAGAUAGUGACGGUUGGGAAAAAUUAGGACUUUACGAGUACUACAAGGCGAAAAAUGCAGCGAGAAAACGUAAAGAGGAGGAUAUAAUGAACGGUGUGAGAGAUAGAUCCAGAUCGCCAUCACCGAUAACGAGGCCACGAUCGAAAAGCCCCAGUCCGCCAAAGAAACGUUACAGAAGUAAGUCGCGAAGCAGGUCGCGAUCGAGAUCACGAGGGAGAAGUCGAUCGAGGUCACCCACGGCCAAUCAUCGGCGUAACAGUCGAGCUCCUUCCCACACGAGCAGAAGCAGACGACGGCGAAACAGCAAUAAGGAGAGAAGUCCGGAGAGACGUGGCGAACGUCAAGAUCGUAGUCCGACUCCACCAAGCUUCUUAAGCAGUACUUAUCCCGGUAAAGGAACCCAAGAGGCGACAUUGGACGAGAGCAACAAAGGUCAUCAAUUGCUACGAAAAAUGGGCUGGGGCGGUGCGGGUCUGGGUGCAAACGAGCAAGGUAUCGAGGCUCCGAUAUCCGGCGGCGAAAUAAGAGAUAAGAACGAUCAGUACAAAGGUGUCGGUAUAAAUCUUAACGACCCCUAUGAAAAUUUCCGCAAGAGCAAAGGUCAAGCGUUUAUAACAAGAAUGAAAGCUAGAGCGGAGGAGCGUGCCGAAGAACGAGGUGACCGCGAUUGAUGCACCGAUAAACCAAGGUUUUAUCGCGUGAUGGAUGAACAUUUUUGUAUCAGUGAUAAAUCAGAAAUCAGCAACCGCGAAAACUACUGUUUUUUUUUCUUUCGUUUUUCAUUUUCUAUUCCUCUUCCGCAUCGAGUGACAAGCACGAGGCGCGAAGACCAAAAGACAAGACCACGAGGAGCGGUGUUAAUUAUUUACCAAAAACACAUUUCCUUGCUCUUUCUCGCGGAAGAUCGUCGUCCGGGACGAAGUUAUUUAUUUUUUUAAAUUCUUCGUUCAACCGUUAAGUUCCGUUGAAGAGCAUGAAGCAGCAACAAUCUGUACUAUACAUGCAAUGCUUUUUUUUCUUUUACGAGUACUAACAUUUACGGACGAUAAUCGCCGAUCCAACAGUGUGUUUACCAGUUUCGUUUAAUCGUGUUUUAAUCGGUUUACCUAUGAUAUUGAAUAAAGUGAGAAAGUGCGAAUGAAAAAAGGACGAAAUCAAAAUACGUGCGCGCCCCCGUCGCCCCCCUUCACACACACGCGCGGGGACACACUCAGGCGCGCGCGCUUUUUCGUUUUACGAAUUUGAUGAUUGGAGGACACGUGCAUGCAGCUGAGAAACAUCCAAAAUUAGAUUCUUGUAUUCCAUCUCGUUUAUACUAGAUAGUUUCAACAAAGAAUUUUCUUCGUCAAAAGCGUUGGAUUCAAUUAACGGGGAUUGAAACAUAACGUUAUUACACAUGUACAUUUAGAAAUGACAACAAUGAAAGAACGAUAUCGAGAAACUGUAAAAAACAUUACGUGGGAAGUAUGGAAAAUAAAUCGACGAGAAGUUAACGAAUAUUUCACUACUCUGUAUUACUGCAUUAGUUAAUAAAUAAUUAUCAUAUUGAAACUCAA